CUAGCAUGUUUCUAAAUGGUAUCGAAAAAGUUCUUUUAUUAGAUCUGUACAUUGCCGAUAACAUUUGACAUGUUGACGGGUAAUGAACUGAUACUUUACAAUAAAUAUAAGGUUGAUCUACAAAAAUGGAACGCGAUAUUUGUAGAAUCUUUGAAGUGUUUUAACACAUCACAAAUUUCACUUCACGAGCCGAUUUUGAAUGUAAUUUCCAGACUGAUCAAGUUGGAAUGGACAUAGAAUAACUCUUGUAUAGUGCUCUUAUCAUAAGUGUUCACAAAAACAAUGGAUACUCUUGUAAAAUUUACACAAGAAACAACAUUUCAUGGGGUUCGUUAUUUAACUCCCUCCAACUCCAACUUCCGAAGGUUUAUGUGGUUGAUUUUUGUACUUGCCUGUCUUACUGGUGUUAUACUGCAAAUCAUCGACAGAGUUGGCUAUUUCUACGAGCGUCCUAUCGCUGUGAACGUGAAGAUCAAUUACAACCAGACGCUUGAUUUUCCUGCGGUCACCAUCUGUAAUCAAAAUGCUUUCAGGGCAACUAAAGCGUCUGAAACUCAUAGAUACAGACUAAUAGAACUCCUAUUCUCAACCACUGGAACCAUCUCCCUGCAACAACUUGAACAAUUUAACGCUACAGAUCUAAGUUUAGAAGAAUUAUAUACAUCUCUUGCUCAUACAAAAGAAGACUUCAUAAUAAGUUGUGUAUGGAAGAAUGGCAACUGUAGUCAUGAAGACUUUGAAAUGAUCCUAACAGAUCAUGGUGUAUGUUAUAUUUUCAAGAAGAAGAAGCAGGACAUGUUGGUGUCCUCGUCAGGAGUAGAUUCUGGGUUACGAGUGACGUUGAAUGUGGAGCAGUAUGAGUACAUGACCGGCCCUCAUGAUGCAGCUGGUAUCAAAAUAUUAUUACAUGACUCACGAGAAAUGCCGUUCGUGCACGAGCUUGGUCAGGCAGUGCCCACCGGAACACAUGCGUUUGUCGGUGUCAAGUUUAUGACGAUUGAAAACCUUCCGAAGCCAUACGGAGAAUGUGAUACAAAGAAGUUGUCACAUACAGACUUCUAUACAACCGAGGAAUGUUAUUUAGAUUGUCUAGUUGAUCUGGCACAUAAGACAUGUGGCUGUAGGGAUAUCUACAUGCCUGACCAAAAAGGGUCAAUACCAGUAUGUACUCUAGGCGCAUACUACUCUUGCCUCGUCGAUCUUAAAGCUGAGUUUUCAAAGUCUUUACGUGAGGAUUGCGGUUGCCCAGUUCCUUGUUACUUCGCCAUUUACGAUCCCUCUGUAUCAUAUGCCUCUAUUUCAAACCAUCUGGUCAACAAACUACUCACGUCAUCAGAAGCUACAGAAUUGGUUGAGAAAUUUGAGAAUGCCUCGGAGAUUACGUCAAAAAUGGACAAAGACACGUUUGGAUUCUUCCAAUCAAUAGCAGAAACAUUUUACGAUAAGUUUACUCAAUUGAAGGAGGUUAUUUCCUCUAUUGCAAACUGCCUCGCGAAUCAAAGAAAUGUAACGGAAAAUGUGGUAACAGAAAUGACAGACGUGUAUACUGUUAAAGAUAGAAUAUACAGAUACCAAGAUUAUUCUAUAGAAAAGAACUUUCUAAGGGGUCGUGAAGCAAUGGAAGAGAGAACCCUUAAAAACGUUGCAAAUGCUUAUGCUGAAUUUGCAUUAGUGAACAAAAGACGAAUCGAACGUCUAGCUACCGAGAAUAAUACAGAUUAUUCCAGCAGAUUUGAAUUAUACCAGCUUAUACUGGACUCUCUUACUGUUAGAAAAAAGAUUGCUGAAAAAGCGCGGGAAAAUAUAACCCUUUUACUUAGUUCGUUUAUAUCAGGAACGCCUAUAUUUGAUUAUAAAUUUGAAGAUUUGCCGCGCGCUCAUAAUCCAUACAUCGUUCCUAAACCUCUGAUGAACUACUCAAUGCAUCACAAUCACUAUAUGCUUAAAUACGUUCCAACAUUGAAUUCCAGUGACUUUGAUUUAAUGGAUACCGUCCUCAGUAUGUUUAUAGAUCAAGCCACAAUAGCGUAUGAGAACAGAACUGUAAAUGAUACUGAACUGAAUUAUGUAUACGAACGGUUUCAGUAUGCGUGCCGGACAUUUAUGUUUAGUAAAAGCGUUGUAUAUUCGCAAGGGAUAGAAUUGCCAACUCGGGUAAUACAGGAAAGAAUAACAAGUUUUAAAAACGAGUGGUCGUCUUUUAAUGCAAACAUUGUUGAUUUAAGACAAAAUUUAAAUGCGUUGGUGACUUUACUGAGUAAUAUUACCACAAACAUUUUACCUAAUAUGGAACAAAUCAUAGCACUAAUGAAAAAUUAUACAGAUAGCUCUGAAGGCAAUCUUAUGAAUCUAGCUCAUGUUUUCUUAUCAAACGAGACAAAACUAUUGGUUAAUAUUUUAAGGAUUUUUUUCCAAGAAGUUCAAACAAGAGGCCAACAGAUAAACGACUUGACAAAUCUUCUGAAUAAACCAGUGAAAAAUAUAUGGACAACAAUUAUUACAGACGAAGAUUCCAUAGAGUAUUAUAACUAUACUGAUAAUGCUUUGUUUCUGAGAAAUAUUUCCGUAGUUCUGGAUGAGUGGACUGGGAAAAUAAAUGAGUUGCAUGAACUUGAUGUUCGACAACACGUCUUUAACAAAGACGAGGACUUCCUUAUCGCAAAUGAUGGUGUAACUGUUCAUCUGGAAAAAUUCAAGAAUGACAUUGUUGUUGAUGGGAAGUUCCUCAAGCAGAAUUUUCUACAGUUGGACAUUUUUUAUCGGCAGCUGAGCUACGAAUACAUUAGUCAACACAAAGCUUACGACUUUUUUGCUUUAAUUUGUGAUAUUGGUGGAGCUAUGGGUUUGUUUAUUGGUGCCAGUAUGUUAACAAUCGUGGAAAUCAUAGACUUGUUCCUUAUACAACUACCAAUAUUUAAACGCAAAGAAGACAAGAUGAAAAACGAUAUAGCAUUAACUUAGUAGUAAAGUGUUUCUGUAACAAGUCUCUCUGACAUAUCAUAAUGUAAAACUACUGAAUAUUGUAACUCAUGUGCUGAUAAGCAUGCCUUCAAAGUUUACUGAACGAAUACAUGAUUUGUGUAAAUACAACAUACAUAACGAAUACAUUAAAUGUGUUAAUAAAACAUAUCGGACUAUUACAUGGAGAAUGUACAUACAACACGUGCAACCGCUAUAUUAAAUGCGUUGAAACGGCAUUUCCGUAAGAUAAUUUUAAUGUUUGCCUCAUUGAUAGUUUUGUUAAAGAAAGCGGCGGUGACCUUGUACUUAAAAUUUCAGCUUAUUAACCAAAGGGCCAUGGUCUUCUUUGGUUCUGCACUGUUCUCCUCUUAUGGCAGCAGUACUGGUCAGUUGAUGGAAGCGGACUUAAAUGUGAUUUAUAUAACGUUGUUUCUAUUGAACAGAUUAUAUGUUGGUAUUCGUUGCUAAUAAUUAUCUGUUUUACAAUCGAGACUAAAUAAAUACUGUUUGAUUCCA